AUGGCGGAAAGUUUGGAGAGAGAAAAAGUUUGCGAUGAAAAGGAACACUUUGUGCUCGCUGAUUAUGAUGCUUUUGGAUUUGAUCUUGAUCACACACUUGCCAAAUAUAAUCUUAUACCAUUAUUUGAGCUGAUCUAUUCAAGCCUGACAGACUACCUAGUUGAGGUCAAAGGUUAUGAUAAGGAUCUCCUGAAGCCAUUUCGCAAUUUCAAAAAGUUCUGCACAAGGGGUCUGGUGUUAGAUUGUGAAGCUGGAAAGUUAUUGAAAUUGGAUCAGGAUGGAAGAAUUUUGAGAGCCAGCCAUGGGACAACAUUACUAUCCAAUGAAGAAAUCGAAGCACUUUAUGGCAAAGAACGGAGAUGGAGUCAUGCUGAUGAGUUAUUGGGGAAUGUCAAUAACUUCAGAGAAUUUCGAAUUUUUGAGAACUUCUUUGACAUGCCUGGUGCUGUUGUUUCUGCCCGGGUGAUAGAUAUUAUUGAUAAAAGGCUCGGGGGACGGCAAGAGAAAUAUACCUUUUGGCCAGAUGUUAUUGGUGCUUUCAACUACACAUAUACACCUCAACAUUUUCCAGACAUGAAAGGUGGAUAUUUUCCCGAUAAAUUUAGAAAUUUGCCCAAAUACGUAUCGGAGUGUACCAAAGAGGUGAAACAGUGGUUGAAGCUACUACGAGAGAACAAGCGUGUUGUGUAUGUCAUGACGUCAUCCCGAGCUGAUCUUGGAGUGUUUAUAUUGAAACAUAUAUUAGGGGAAGAUUGGAGAGACUACUUUGAUAUUUCGUUAUUUUAUGCCAGGAAGCCUGGAUUUUUUACGGAAAAGCGACCAUUUUUGAGUGUAGAUGAUGUCCAUGAAAGUUCUCCCGUAGAGAAGUUGGAAUGUGGUAAAUUGUACUCCCAAGGCAAUGUUAACGUGCUUAUGGAUUAUAUUAAGCAGAAAGUAGGCAAAGAAAACCCUAAGGUGGUGUAUUUUGGUGACAGUGUCCGCUCAGACGUCUUUCCCUCCAAGGUACACGCCAACUGGGAGACUGUACUGAUCCUUGAGGAGCUAGAGGCCGAGGGGAUGCAGAAACAUCCCCGGAAGAUCCGACAUCACCAUGAAGACACGACAAACAAAAACGGUGCCGACGAUGACGAUGAUGAACCCAUUUGUAAGAAAAUGAAAAAUCACAUAAAGGAGCCACCCCGACAAGAGAAAGAUUACCUCACGUCAGAUCACUGGGGUUCGUUCUUCUUCGAUGACAUAAACAUGACGGAGGCGGAGAGGAAAGGCGAUUGCUACAUGAACACGUUCUGGGGUCUCUUGAUUAGAAAAUACGCCGACAUUUGCGUUCCGCAGUUAGACUAUUUGACAGACUUUCCCCUCGAUCACAAGUUUGAAGUUUUCAACCACGAAAAGAAGCAGACGUCUGGCUUCUAUCCAUCACCACCUGUCUCCCUGGCAAAAGUAGAGGAUUCCUAACAGAUUGUCAGAUCUCUCGUAGUGGGACUGUUAAAGGCACGGUUCACCAAUAAUUGCCUGUUUACAUUGAGACCCAAGAGGACUGUAAACCCUAUUUUUAUUGCGAGCCUGGGAUGUACAUUGAUUUUUUACAAAAGAAAUGUUGUUGUCUCUACCCUGCUAAGCUGCAUCACAUUUGUCAAGUCAGUCCUUGGGAUGAGGAAGUUCUUUUUCAGCCACAGUACUCAGUCAGGUUUGUGUAUGUUGUUGUUGCAGAUAGUAAACGAAAAUUUUGAUGAUUGAGAUAGUGUGUAUUUUCCAAAUAUAUGAUGACGUCAA